AUGAUAAGUGCAUUUGUUUUUGUGUGCAUCGUCUAUUUCCGUGUAUUGGAAAUAGGUUCACCGGUCUUAAGUUUUGGGCGAAAUCUUUUACCUCAUGCUGUCUCACAUCUUUUUUUUUUCAUAUUACUCGCUUGGUUGAGAUUGGAAAGGGUUUGGUACAGUGUAGUUCCGCAAACAGAAGCGGAUAAUACGGAAAAGAGGGAGAUAAAGGUUAACAUAUUAUUUUGUCCCUCUUCACGCAGUGUGCAAUACCAUAACAUAAGGUCCCAGUGGAGUACUAGUGACGGUAAAGGUGGUAAAAGAAGGAGAAAGAAAGAAUUGUGGGAAAAGGUAAGACAGUUGCAUUGA